AAACAAGCUAAGUAUAAAUAUUUAAUAUAAGAAUGUUAUUGUUAAGUCGACUGUCGAUUGAAAUGAGUUAGAAAUGAGCUUCCUACGAGUGGUGACGUUCAUAAUAUUUUUAGUGAUACUAAAUACAGUGAACAGUGACAUGCAUGAGUAUAUAUCUAAUAUACCGUCUGAUGUUGGGACUUCAGUAAACAACGCUUGGAACAACAUAGUAAAGGCAAUAAAACGACCAGUGAAAAUAAGAAGAUUGGGACGAACUGGUAGAACCAAAUCACCCAGAACUACAGUCUCCACUCUAUCAACCCGGUAUCUCAUAAAGCUGACCCGCCUCCACUUCCAGGAAACCACGACACCGUCAACCACUACCAAGACCCUUACGAAGUUGGUUAUCCCAGUACUUUUACAACCAAACUGGAGGGUCAGGUUUGACUGGCGAAAUGGAAAGGAUAUGAUGAAGUCUGAAAAGAGCAAAGAUCUGAAACCCGAGAAUUACACAUCGUGUGAACUAACGAGCAACAUCAACAAGGCAUCUGAAGACGAUAGCCAGCACUAUGGGAAUCUUUUCUUUGUUUAAGUCUCAUGUAAUAAGAGUUUUAUAAAUAAAGUGUAUUUUAUGUAAA